AUGGCCGACCAAGAUGAUACCUCCAACUCGAUCCCCAAAUCCUACGGCCUCCUCCUCUUCCCCCAGUUCGAAGUCCUAGACGCCGCCGGCCCAACCGAACUCCUCAACAUCCUCUCCGGCCCCUUCGAGCAUUCAGAAAUCAGCUUAAGCGUCAUCGCACCUACCAAAGACCUCGUCUCUCCGGCGCCGCCUUCAGGCGUUGGCCAUCAAGUCCUCGGCCAGCAACUCUAUCAACCAACGCACUCCUUCGCAGACGCACCGCCCCUGGAUGUCCUGAUCGUGCCUGGAGGUCGCGGGACUGCGCGCUCCGACGAGGAAAUGCGAGAUGUUCUCGACUUCAUUCGCGACCGCUUCAAUGGUUCCGGGGGCCAUGCGCCGCUCAAGUACGUCUUCAGCGUCUGCACUGGCUCCGACCUCCUCGCUCGCGCAGGUGUGCUGGACGAUCGACGCGCGACGACUAACAAGAAGGCGUGGUCGAGAGUCACGCCUCAUGGAACGAAGACGCAUUGGGUGGCUAAUGCAAGGUGGGUGGCUAGUGGAAGGGUUUGGACGACUUCGGGAGUCACGGCUGGGAUCGACGGGAUGGCGGCGUUGGUUGGGAAGGUGUAUGGGGAGGAUUUGGCUGAUAGGGUUUGCGACUUCAUUGAGCACGUGCGGGUCAAAGAUCCGGCGAGUGACCCCUUUGCUGAGAUGAAUGGGUGUAAGGAUGUGUUGCCUCAACGGCAGUAG